AUGGCCGAUCAUCCCCAGAGAUUCCAAGAUGGCGACCGUCCAAGGGAUUCAAGAUCUCGUUCUCCGCGACGCCAUCACUCUCAUUCCCAUCGAACACGCUCCCCGCAUCGAUACCACAAGCGCAAACGCUCCCCUGAAGCAUCUCCUGUCAAAGAACUCCCAUAUAACACACGGCCCUUGACGAAACGCGACUAUGGCGCUUUUAAGCCCAUGUUUGCACUAUACCUGGAUAUACAGAAGAGCAAGAUACUAGAGGAUUUGGACGAGAAGGAAGCGCAAGGACGGUGGAAGAGCUUUAUUGGAAAAUGGAAUCGUGGAGAACUUUCCGAGGGCUGGUAUGAUCCUUCUACGCUACAAAAGGCUGUACAAUCUGCUCAAGACGAGCCCGCGCCCCACUACGAAGAGCAUAGACCCGAAAGACCGAGAGAGACGCGCAGAGAACCGUCCGAGGAACAAAGGAGUGGAAAUGAUAGUGAAAGUGAUGAUGAGAUUGGACCUACGCUGCCAGGCCAGGAGGGCAAGUCGAGAGCUGGGCGCAUGGGACCUAGUAUUCCGAAUAUGCAGGAUCUAGAGCUCAAGAGAGAAACGGAAGUCGAAGAUGGACUUGACCGGCGAGAUGAUAUCAGAUUUGCCCGCAAGAUUGAUCGGAAGGAGCAAAAGGCAACAUUGGAUGAGCUAGUCCCCCGAGCAGAAGCCGGUACGAGGGAGCGCCAACUGGAGAAGAAGAAGGAAGUCAACGAGAAGAUGAAAUCAUUCAGAGAGAAAUCUCCUGGUGCAGAAGAGGUCCCGGAUACGGAGUUGAUGGGCGGUGGAGAUGGGAUUGGGGAAUAUAAGAAGCAGAAGAAUGAGUUUGAGAGGAAGAAGAAUGAGCGCGAGUUGAGGAAAGAGGAGAUAUUGAGGGCGAGAAUGGCGGAGAGAGAGGAGCGGUUGCAGGAAUAUAGGGCGAAAGAGGAGGGGACAAUGUCCAUGCUGAAGGCACUAGCUAAGCAGCGAUUUGGAUGA